AUGGAUGAUGGCACGUUACCUUCUAAAAGGCCAUACAUUCGGCUUACAUCAUUUCUCAAUAAUGUUACUAAAAAUGCUGGAGAUGAAGUGCGAUUUAAAUGUGAAGCUGCUGGUAGUCCAUUGCCUUUGCAGUUCAGUUGGCUUAAAAAUCAUGCACCGGUAGAGAAGAAUCGCAAAACAAAAAUUAAAAACCGCGAAUAUUGGUCGCGACUGAUAAUCACGGAACUGGAAGUUUUAGAUAGUGGAUAUUAUCAAUGUGUUGUCAGCAAUUCUCUUACAAGUGUCAAUACUACUGCUGUUCUUAGGGUUAGUUUAUUACUUUAA